AUGUCCCCCCCCCCCCCGUUGCAGUUCCAGUCAUUCAGUCAGUAUCGCUGUAAAACCGCCAAGAAGUCGGAGGAGGAGAUCGAGUUUCUGAGGAACAACCCGAAGAUCUGGAACGUCCACAGUGUCCUCAACGUGUUGCACUCGUUGGUGGACAAGAGCAACAUCAACCGGCAGCUGGAGGUCUACACCAGCGGGCGCUACCAGGACGCCAUCCGAGUGUUCGCCAACAUCCUGCUUUACAUCCAGAGGACUAGGAACAUGUUCCAGAGGUCCACAUACAAAUACGAAAUGAUCAACAAACAGAACGAGCAGAUGCACGGCCUGCUCGCCAUCGCUCUCACCAUGUACCCAAUGAGAAUUGAUGAGAGCAUCCACACUCAGCUUCGAGAGAAAUAUGGAGACAAGAUGCUGCGCAUGCAGAAAGGAGACUUGCAGGUGUUUGAGGAGCAGUUCAGCUUCGCCUGUCCAAAGUUCCUGUCCCCCGUCGUUCCAAACUACGACAACGUUCAUCCCAACUACCACAAGGAGCCGUUCCAGCAGCAGCUCAAGGUGUUCGCCGAGGAGGUGCAGCAGCAGGCGCAGCUCUCCACCAUCCGCAGCUUCCUGAAGCUGUACACCACCAUGCCUGUGGCCAAGUUGGCGGGCUUCCUGGACAUGACGGAGCAGGAGUUCAGGAUCCAGCUGCUCGUCUUCAAACAUAAGAUGAAGAACCUGGUGUGGACCAGCGGGAUCUCUGCUCUGGACGGAGAGUUUCAGUCUGCGUCCGAGGUCGACUUCUACAUCGACAAGGAUAUGAUCCACAUCGCUGACACGAAGGUCGCUCGGCGUUACGGAGACUUUUUCAUCCGACAGAUCCAUAAAUUUGAAGAGCUGAACCGGACUCUGAAGAAGAUGCCGAUGAGUGGAGCGUCUGCGGCGUCCAGCAGCACGGCAAGCCGAGGACUCUGAUGAAACAUCAACGAUGAAAAACUUUUCUAUAAAAGCUGCAGAUAAUAAAGUGAUGAUGGAACUCA